AUGGCGCGAGGAGCGCGGAGUAUGGGGGGCAGGGACGGCCCAGCGCCCCCCCAGUGUGGCCAGGGCAAGUGCUUCGACUCGCUUCUCCGCGCCUGUGUGGCCUGCAGGCUCUUCCGGACGCCGGAGCCCAGCCCAGCGGCCGGGGCGAGCAGUUCGGCCUCGGGGACCGCGCCGCAGCCACAGGAGUCGGUGGGCGCGGACGCUGGCCCCCAGGGGGCGCUGCCGCUGCCCGGGUUGCUCUUCGGCGCCCCCGCGCUGCUGGGACUAGCGCUGGCCCUGGUCCUGGUGUGCCUGGUGCACUGGAGGCGACAGCGAGGCGGAGCGGCGCCCCCGGAGACCCCGGACUGCGAUGGGAACGAGCCCCUGGACAAUGUCAUCGUCCUCUCCCCUGGAUCCACUGAUGUCACAGCUCCCAUCUGGCCUCCACCUGAAGACCCCGCCACCACCCCACCUGGUCACAGUGUUCCUGUGCCAGCCACAGAGCUGGGCUCCACGGAGCUGGUCACCACCAAGACAAUGGGCCCAGAGCAACUGUAG